AUGAGACCUCCGUACUACAGUUUCAUUUUCUUUUCUGAUGAUUUAUUACAUUUAUCUCUUACAACAAAUGAGACCACGGUACUUCAGUUUCAUUUUGUCGUUCCUGAUGAUUUAUUACCUUCAUCUGUUACAACAAAUGAGACCACGGUACUUCAGUUUCAUUUUGUCUUUCCUUGUGAUUUAUUACCUUCAUCUCUUAAAACAAAUGUGAUCACCGUACUUCAGUUUCAUUUUGUCUUUCCUGAAGAUUCAUUACCUUCAUAUGUUACAACAAAUGAGACCACCGUACUUCAGUUUCAUUUUGUCUCUCCUGAUGAUUUAUUACCUUCAUUUCUUACAACAAGUGAGAUAUCCGUAUAUCAGAUUCAUUUUGUCGUUUUUGUUGAAUUCUUGCCCUCGUUUUUUUUAUUCUGUGAGAUCUUUCCUCUUCCUUGUUCAUUUCUAACCCUCUUCUUCCCUGUGAGAUCUUUGAAACGAAGGCUCAUUUUGCCUGCGUCUUCCAAUUCUUAUACAUGUUUCUUUAAUCUGCGGCUCUUGAGUUUGAUUUUGUUCAAUCUGUUCAUUUGUGCUUUUGUUAUCUUGAACCGCAAUAUUCUUUGUUCUUCUACUAUUUCGACUAAUCUCUGCAUCUCUUUCACAAUAGCAGCAGGUAAGUUUCUUCCAAGAUGGAAUUUUUUUUUCUUGGGUGGCAUACUUCACAGUUCAAUUAUUAUACCUGUUCUAUCUAUCUAUCUAUCUAUCUAUCUAUCUAUCUAUCUAUCUAUCUAUCUAUCUGUUAUGCCUACAUUAAAUAUAUGUGAUAAUCUAUCUAUCUAUCUAUCUAUCUAUCUAUCUAUCUAUCUAUCUAUCUAUCUAAGAUUCAACCUGCAAUACAUAUAUGUGUUCUAUCUAUUUAUCUAUCUACUACCGAGCUCGCUACCUAGCUGCUAUCUGUCUAUCUAUCUAUCUCUCUGGAUGAUUUUUAUCAAUUCUUCAAUCUAUCUAUCUAUCUAUCUAUCUAUCUAUCUAUCUAUCUAUCUAUCUUCAAACACUUAA